AUGCUGGCAGAUGCUCAAGUAAAGCAACUUGUAAGAACCUUACCAAAUUACUUACUUUACCCUUCAAAUCUAAGGGGAAAUUUAAUUUUUAUCGAGUUGUAUGAUGUAGUAUGCUCCUGCCCUGCUUCAUACAUCACUUCCAAGAAUUAUGGUGGAUUUAUAUCGAUAUUGAUUUGGGGGAUGGCUUUCAUCGACCGACCGUCAUUUCUAGAUGUAUACGUUGACCUGUAUUAUGGAAGGAAUCAUGAAGAGAAUGAAUUAUGCACAGAAGGUGUUCUAUGA